AUGCCUCUGGUUUCGCGAUCAGACGAUGCACGAGUCGGACUUGACGGCGCACUGCGCGCGGUGCUCCUCCUGCCAACGUCGACCACAUCCUUGUAUCUUCACACAUUCCCCGGAAUACAGGCUCGGGAUGUCAUCAGAGUCGAUAAUAGCGUAUUCAAAGACGACAAAGGCGACAAGCACAAGCUCGACGAAUCGAGUUUCGAAAGAUUCUGGUCGAAGGCGUGGAACGAAGCGCUGAAGUUUAGAGAGAAGGGAUGGAACUCCAAGACUAUGAAGACGCGAAGCUCUGGGGGAGAACAGCCCGUGCAAGACAAAUGGGAUACAUUCAGCAAGGACGUGAACGAUGUAGAGUACCUACACGACCCUUUAGGCCGGUGUGUGUUUGAGCGUUUGGAAUUCAAUGCCCGGGACCUACCGCUUUCAGAGGAGCCGUCGAUCUACCGGGAGCUAGCGAUAUAUGACCAGCUAGCGGCCGACUUCUCCUGGCGAGGCGUCGAUCGGUCAAUCGCCUGGGUCGAAGCCAUGAGACAGCUUGACAAUGAAGGAUCUUUGUUGAGGUUCUCGCUAGACACUGCGGGACCGUGCUCAGGAGAACCCCCGUUAUUCUCUGCUGCUGUGGAGGAAGAUGCAGUGACAUUGCGCGCAAUGCAAGUCCCCGUUGACGGGGACCCUCCUCCUGCAACUGCAGCCGAAGAGGUUGUAGAAGCCGGCUGGGGAGAUGACCCAGAGCCUGAUUUCUUGAUGGCACCGGUGGUUCGUCCACCUGUCGUUGCUGACGAAAUCAAGGUCGUAGUCUUUGACCUGUACGGAGUGAUCUUGGACCGUCAAGAGGGUUUGCGCUGUGCACUGCGCACGUUCCUUCCUCUGGACCCCCACCAGCAUACCAUAGACGGCUUGGUCAGUGCCGCGCUCGGGAACAUGUUGCGUACUGUCGGCUUGUGUCCUGCAGACGACAUAACCCAGCGUGCCAUCGAUGCUAUAUGCCCAACUCCUUACGACGAUGUCUCCGAUGCUUUGAGGACUCUGCAUGCGCGCGGCCACCACCUUUUGUGUAUCACUCCUCGCGAUGCAUCACACAUUAGGUUCUUUUCCUCUCCUGAACUCCGCACACUCUGUGUCUCGGCAGCUCACCUGCAUACUCAAACGGAAGAUAUAUGCUCUCAAGUGGUCGAAGAAUGCCAGUCAAUUGUCCCGGAGAUCAAGAGCACUGAGAUUCUCCUUGUCACAGCCGGGCUAUACAGGAUCGUUGAGCUCGCGAAUGCAGCUGGGAUACCGACCGCACUUGUCCAGCGGCCAAGCGUAGACGAAGCUCGGCUCGAGCGCGCGACGGGGCAAGACGAACUAUCGUCGCCUACGAUGACUAUCAGAGGACUGGGAGAGUUGUGUGAUAAGCUGGAUAUGAUGCGCUCUGGGAGUCUUGGUUAG